AAGGAUUAUGGGAGAUGUAGUCUUAGUCUGCAUGAGGAACGCAAGACAAGAGAGAGGGAGCUGGAAACCCUCAUUGUCUCCAAGAAGGAUUAUAGGAGAUGUAGUCUUAGUCUGCAUGAGGAACGCAAGACAAGAGAGAGGGAGCUGGAAACCCUCAUUGUCUCCAAGAAGGAUUAUAGGAGAUGUAGUCUUAGUCUGCAUGAGGAACGCAAGGCAAGAGGGAGGGAGCUGGAAACCCUCAUUGUCUCCAAGAAGGAUUAUGGGAAAUGUAGUCUUAGUCUGCAUGGGGAACGCAAG